AUGAUUUCACGGAAACUUGAUGUAUUCAUUUUCACCUAUCAUUUGUACAUGUAUCUGCAGGAGAAGCAGCGAAAAUCGGCAGAAGACCAGAGGAAUCCGUAUCAACAACAAGCUCAGGCUAAAGCGCAAAUGCUGAGAUAUGAAGACGACUUAGCUCGAAAAAGAAUGCUGACAGAUCACAAGGCUCAGAGACGUCAUGAUACUGAAUUGGUGAAAAUGCAAGAGGAGUCAUCCAUAAGAAAAGAACAAGCAAGACGAGCAACGGAGGAGCAGAUGCAACUUCAGCAGCGACGGACUGAGAAAGAGAGAGCUGAGUUAGAACCUGAAACAAUAGGUGCGAAGGCUAUGGCUGAAGUGGAAGAGAAAAGUGGCACUUUCAAUCACAUUGAAGGGGAUUUUCGGAUUCUAUUGACUGACAUGAGUAAGUUGUUAAUGACCAUUGGAGGGGUUACAGCAUUAGCUGCUGGAGUUUAUGCUCCCAGAAUUCUUGGGCAACCUUCUCUGAUUCGAGAAUCGUCCAUGGCCAAAAUUUCCAUGGUCUGGGUAAUUUCUCGAGGAUCUAAUAAGAUGAUUAAUUACAGUACAGUAGCCAGGGCAGCAGCACCUGCACAAAAUAAAUCUGCUUUUGGAGACAUCAUUUUGCAAAAAAGAAUAGAGCACCUUGCUCGGGCUACUGGAAACACUAAGACUCACCAAGCCCCAUUUUGUAACAUGAUCUUUUAUUGGCCUCCUGGAACCUGUAAAACUAAGGUUGCAAGAGAGAGCUAG